UCGAUGUGCUGGUACGAAGCUCUGUCUAACAACUCAGUCCACGAGAUAAUCUCAAGGGGUUUCAAUCUAAAAAAGGGAUUGGCUGAUGAAGCUCUCUCUAUACCGGCAUAAUUCUCUGUCGGGAGUAAGUUAAGAAUACGCAAACUGGAUCAGUAAAAAUCGCAAGAAAGAUUGUGUAUUGGUUGAAAUUUGAUUAUUUUCUAAAACUGUUGAAAAAUUCGAAAUAAACAUAAAAGUAAAAUUCAGACAGAGAUACUAGUACUCCUGAUUUGGGAAAAGUCUUUUCCAAAAAUUUUGUGCCAGUCCGAUCAGUGAUAGAAAAUCUCCUUACUGUAGCUCUUCCAAUCAGGAGAAGUACUAGUACUCCUGAUUCCUACGCGUCAAUACGACGUUAGGACUAUAGGGCUGUUCGUUUGGUUGCCGCAGGUACCGGCGGCAGCGUCAACAUUUUGCGUCAACUCUUGUUCGUUUCGUUGACGCAGGAAGCUGCAUCUGACGCCGCGUCCGAACGCCGCGUCCUGCGUCUGACGCCGCGUCCGAACGCCGCGUCCUGCGGCUGACGCCGAUAAAACCUGCGGUCGCGAUAUAAGGGCUGUUCGUUUGGUUGCCGCAGGUACCGGCGGCAACGACAGCGUCAACAUUCUGCGUCAACUCUUGUUCAUUUUGUUGACGCAGGAAACUGCGUCUGACGCCGCGUCCGAACGCCGCGUCCUGCGGCUGACACCGAUAAAAUCUGCGGUCACGAUAUAAUAUGCGGCAGCGUCAGCGUCUGCGAAACGAACAACAAUUGUCCUCAUUAACGCUGCCGUCGCCGCUGACGCCGAAACUUGCGGCAACCAAACGAACAGGACUAUAUUAGCGGCAGCGUCAGCGUCUGCGAAACGAACAACAACUGUCUUCAUUGACGCUGCCGCUGCCGCCGCCGCUGACGCUGAAACCUGCGGCAACCAAACGAACAGGGCUUAUAUAGCCCAUAUCCCACAUAUAAACCCAAACCGAAGAAUGGUUCAUUUCCAAAUUGUUGAUGUUCUUUCUUUAUUUUUGAGCUACAUACUAAUAUUUGAUAUCCACUAGUAAUACAUGCACCAUUGUUUCUGUUUAAAGUAACCUGAAUUAUCAGGCAUUUAAGCACACAUUUCCACUAAGACGACGGAUCUCAAUUUCCUUAAUUAGAUUCGAUGGUAUCCGUCAGAUAUUACUAAGAGAUCAUUUUAGCCGUCCAUUUCAUUCUUUGUUUAGAAAGUGGUCUUCCCUUGAUUUCGGUUGAUGCUUUGACAUUGGUUGAAUAAAGUCAAACAGAAAAGAUAACCGGAAAUCGGUUUACAUCGCGGGAAAAUGUCGUCGGAUCUCGGUUUUAUUCUGAUCACCACCGUCACUGCGUUUUUGUCUUAUUCGACCAAUGCCUUGUUACAUUCCGGGAGUGCCUCUCAUGGCGUUUCCCCAAGAGACUAUUACUUGACUACCGAUGCGCAUUGGUUUAAUCAAACCCUAGAUCAUUACUCUCCUCACGAUCAUCGCAAAUUCAGACAGAGAUACUAUGAAUAUCUUGACAACUUCCGAGCUCCAGAUGGUCCUGUCUUUAUGAUAAUAUGCGGUGAAGGUCCUUGCAGUGGCAUAGCUAAAGAUUAUAUGAGUGUAUUAGCAAAGAAGUUUGAAGCUGGUGUGGUUUCAUUAGAACACAGGUACUAUGGGAAAAGUUAUCCUUUUAACUCAUUAGCUACAGAGAAUCUGAGAUACCUUUCAUCCAAACAAGCCCUUUUCGAUUUGGCUGCUUUCCGUCAACAUUACCAGGCAAGAAUGCAGGAAGCUUUGAAUGUUAAGUUGAAUAGAAGUAGUGACAACCCGUGGUUCUUCUUCGGGGUUUCUUAUCCUGGAGCUUUAAGUGCUUGGUUCCGGCUCAAGUUCCCUCACUUGACCUGUGGAAGCCUCGCUAGUUCUGCAGUUGUUCAUGCUGUCUAUGACUUCUCUGCAUUUGAUCAGCAGAUUGCUGAAUCAGCUGGUCAAGAAUGCAAAGAUGCACUACAGGAGACUAAUAAACUCCUGGAAAUAGGGCUCAAAGUAAACAGAAAGGCGGUGAAGGCUCUCUUUAACGCCACUGAGCUUCAUGUUGAUGCUGAUUUUUUAUACUUAACCGCAGAUGCAGCGGUUAUGGCUUUCCAAUAUGGAAAUUCAGAUAAACUAUGUGUUCCGCUUGUUGAAGCAAAGGAGAACGGUGGUGAUUUAGUGGAAACAUAUUCUAAAUAUGUUAGAGACCAUUGCAUGAAAGUUUGGGGCCUACACGUUAGACCAUAUAACCGGAAACAUCUUAGAAACACUGUUAUUACCGCCGAGAGUACAUAUCGGAUAUGGUGGUUCCAAGUUUGCACAGAACUAGCAUAUUUUCAGGUGGCACCUGCAAAUAAUAGCGUUCGAUCUCAGCAAAUCAAUACAGAGUACCAUUUGGAUUUGUGCAAGAGCCUUUUUGGUAAAGGUACAUAUCCUGACGUUGAUGCAACAAACAUGUACUAUGGAGGCCAUAAAAUCGCUGCAACCAAAAUCAUUUUCACAAAUGGGUCACAAGAUCCAUGGCGUCAUGCUUCCAAACAGACCUCAUCUCCUGAAUUGCCUUCUUACAUCAUGGAUUGCCAUAACUGUGGUCAUGGAACUGAUCUACGAGGAUGCCCUCAAUCUCCAAUGGUCAUUGAAGGUAAAUCAAAUAAUUGCAGCUCACCAGAUGUUGUUAACAAAGUGAGGCAACAGAUGGUAGAACAUAUCGAUUUGUGGUUGUCUGAAUGUCGCGGGUCUACUAGGAGUUCUAAAUAACAUUGCAUCAUAGAACUAGAAGUCAUGGUUGGUUAAACAAACUACAGUAUACAAAUUUUAGUCUUUACUACCACGUACUGAUUUGCAAACCAAAUUUGAAUGGGAACUGUUAACCUAAAGCAGUAAAUACAUUUGAAGCAACUUAGUAUUUACUGUACAUGUCGUUGAAAAGGACGUAGUAACUUAUUGAAUUAUAUAACACAGGUUGCGAUGUUUCAAUAUAAAGGUUUUUAACAAGUUGUUGGUACACCAUGUCUCAUUUACAAUAUUUGUUUUGGUCAAUAUUUAAGGUUAAUAAUUAAAAAUACAUCAUUGUUCUGUAUAUAAUAUACUUCUUUUUAAUGAUAAUACACUUCGUAUAAUCAUAGAGUGGGUUCUUGUCAAUCCAUGUCGGAUAAAUAAUAAAUAAGUAAUUAUGUCUUACUAUAAAAAAAGAAAGACCGUUGAAUUUGUUGCACGAAUGAUCAGUUUCCUUUCCCCUAAACUUGUAAACUCUCGUUUUCCCCCAGCAAAAGUAAAGGAAUGAAAAUGAUAUCAAUUUCAAAAUUUCUUCAAUUUUUUGCCAUUUAUAUGUUUAAAUUUAUUCACAAUUAUUUAUUAACAGUAUGACGACUUGUAUAAAUUUUAUCAUAGCAUUUCACAGUUUUAUAAUAAUUGUGAUACAUGGCUUAUUUUCUAAGUUUUGCCUUAGGAACCACGACAUUGUUGAGCCAUCCCUUUGGUAUCUAUCAUUCGAAGUCAAAACUGUUUGUUCACGUUACAAAUGUGAGUCUAUUUACAUUUGAUAAAUACAUUUAAACAGUGACAUUCUAGCGAGAUAGCUCAUGUCAUAUCGAUAUGUCAAGAAUUAGUAUCAGCUAGCUAUUAAUCUUCUCAUCAGUACUCGAUUCUCGUUACUCUUGUGUAAAUAGAUACUGUAAUCAUCAUCAUAUUAAUAAUACAAUUUAUACGUUUCUCAUAGGUUGUUAUACCACACAUAUGGAACAUAAUAAUAAAAGAUUUUAACGUGACAUAUUCAUCUUAAUUAAGAUUUUGCCAAAUUGUAUGUAGUACUUCUGAUCUUUAUAUCAUUGAUUACUUUGUCUUACAUGCGAAAUUUCUUUCACAAAAAGAGUCUUAUGAGAAUACAAAUUAAAGCUAACCUUCUACUAUAAAGAUAAUAAAGAAGCUUACCCUAGCCUGGAGACCAGAAAGCCUUAAAACUAAUUAGGUCUAUCUUCUAUCACUUCCUAGAGUUUCUUUUAACACUCAUCUUUUGCAAGUGUCGUUUUGUUCCUAGUGGAGCAAGAUAUUUUUGGUUAUUAGAACUACACAUAUAGUUUGAUAUAGAACUCUCACUAUUAUAAGAAAAAGAAACAAAACUCUUGAAAACCAGUUGAUUAUAAAACAUUAUCCUUGCUAGAAAAUCAUUGCAACUUUAAUAAAGUCGUAGUGUUUAAUUUUUUUUUGUCAACUAAUUAAUUAUGCUAAGCAUCAACACACUAUUUGAUUUUUCUUUUAGAGAAAAAAGAUAUUGAAAGAAAAUUAAAGAUAAGACGAAUGGUUAGGCACAGAUGGAGAAAGACCCACAGGAGGAAACUACGAGUACGACCACGACAUGAAAGUA